AUGCCUUCAAAGGUCUUUGGCCCCUACUGCUGGAAUCUCAUGUUCUACCAGCUCCCUAGGAUACUCGAGGAAUUCUCAAAAGUCAAUGCGACCGCGUACGCGGACGAUUUACCUGUUAUCGUAGAUGGAGACUCGAGAAAGGAACUUGAGGAGAAAGGGAAUCACGUGGUAAUAUUCAUUGACGAAACUAUCUCCGAGCGUAAGAAGAAAGCAAUCGUUCUUAAGAGCGAUUGGGUGAAAAGGAAAACCAUCGCCUUCACGAUAAAUGAAAAGGAUAAUGUUGAUGAAUUUUAUCUCGAUGAUCUGUCAGAUUGUCUUGAUAGCUCUUCAGCAAGUGAAACUGAUAGCAAAAGUGAUAGCAGUGAUGUAAUUAUUCGAAAAUAUCAUUAUCAAGUCAUAGAAAAAUAUAGAAUUAUACCAAAAACGAAAAAAUGGACAGACAUCACAGUAUCUGAAGUGAAGAAAUUCUUGGGCCUAAUAGUUCUAAUGGGACAAGUAAAAAAGGACGUUCUCUACGACUAUUGGUUCACGGAUGCAACUGUAGAAACAACAUUCUUCUCGAAAGUAAUGAGCAGAAACAGAUUUUUACAAAUAAUGCAGAGUUGGCAUUUUUGUAACAAUUACAGCAUUUCUCCAAAUUCGCAUAGACUUGCGAAAGUCCAGCCUGUCAUCGAUUAUUUAAAGCAAAAAUUUAACGAUAUGUAUAAACCAUACCAACAAUUGUCUCUGGAUUAG